CCGCUGUAAAGUCAGUCCUUGCAUCGCCUGCGCAAUACGAUGGAGCCAAGAAAGCAAAGGUUAAUGCCGUGGCUGUAUCAACGCAUCGAGGACGGCAUGACUCCUGGCCUCUUCUGGAUCGACAAAUCGCAGCUCAUUUUCCAAAUGCCUUGGGUGCAUGCAAAGAAGAAAAGCUACGACAUGGACCGAGACGCGGCGCUUUACAAAUCAUGGGCUCUCAACAGCGGUAAAUACCUCCCCGAACGCGAUGAGCCCGAUCCAACAACUUGGAAGAUCAAUUUUCGCUGCGCACUCAACAGCCUGAAAGGACACAUCAACCUCGUCAAGACCGACGAGAUCGAGGGCUACAGACGAAUGCAGUUCAGCCGACAGGCGCUCAACGAUCAGCUCGAGUUGGAUCAGGCGAGAAAUAUCGGUCGCAAACUGCUCGACAUGCACGGCGGACAGCGUCGCAGUGAAUCGUCGUUCAACAGCAUGAGCACGCCGUCGUUGCUGCGAAACUUCAUGGAACCUGGAUCUCAGUCCGAUACAUUGUCUAUCUGCGAUGAUCAGAACUACAGAGUUCACGGAAGUUCUACGCCCGCCAAGUCGUUGAGCAGGAGCGACAGCUCGCUGUCAUCACCAGAAAGUCACACAACUGGAGAAAUCGACGACCAACGGUUGCACGUGGCUCCGGGUCGUUGUCCUUCCCAAGGCAGUGAAAACUCAGAAGAUUCAGGCCUUGGUAAGCAGGGGCGCUGUCCAGAUGAAAUUGAGUUUAUUGGAAGUUUGAUUGAUCAGCUGACUGAAAGCCCAGCUGAGAUUUCCUAUGAUACUGACAUAUGCAUAUUCUACUACAAUAAGGAAGUCAUGAGAUUCCGAGUGAGCAAUCCAAGAGGCUGCAGAAUUUACUGGCCUACUCGUGGUGAUGACCUGAAACUUGAACCAGAAGAACAUGACCGAUUCUUUGGAAGUCAUCUCCGAACACAGAUUGCUCUCCCAGAUCCAGUUUAUGACACACCACCAUUGAGAAAACUUCUGAAAAGCAUGCAAAGAGGCAUUCUCUUGGACAUGUCCAACAACGAUCUAUAUGCCACACAGUAUGGCCGUUGUUCUGUCUACUGCAAUGACACACGCAUGGAGACUACCGAUGCAGGCAAACUGGGUCGGUAUGAGAAAACCAAAGUGUUUGACUUCCGAGGCCUUUUUACUCCCCACUUUGAGAAUCAUUGUGCCAAGUUAGGAGGCUGUCCAAGCACCGAGUUGUUUUUCACAUUUGGCCAGAAGUGGCACCACUCGAGACCAGCCGAGGAGAACAUCUUGUCCUUCACUGUCACUCAUUCAUUGGCAAGAAAUAAGGUGCAGAGACGCCAGCACACAUCUACAACAAAACUGCACCUGCAGUUGGAGAUCGAUAAGCCGACCAACGAAGAUGAGUACGUCAACAUACUGUUGGGCUUCUAUCCGCCAUAUUCAUAUUCCUCUUCUGCAAUGCAGUCAUCACUUAUGUAAGUCGUUUCGGCUUUUUGAUGUUGACAUGUGAACACAUGAAUGAAGUUCACUAAUAGGUGAACUGAUUGCAGUAUUCAUUAGCUGUUUUAUAUAGUUGCAUCACCUCGCUUCCCUACUGGAAGUACGUGUCUGUAGUUAUCCGCUGGAUGCCCUAGCAUUGAUUUUAGUUUUACUAAGUUGCUGUUUGUUAGUCAUAUGCCCUUUUGAUCAUUUGAUCCUUUUUGUGCUAUGGUCUCUUUGACUUUAACAUUUGUAUAAGCUGGUGCUUCUGACUUCUCAGUAAAGCUGAGAUUAUGUGACAAAUCUAGAAGAUUUAUAUACUGUGA